AUGAGUAACUCAUCCCUUUCGCAGGAUGAUGUUAAGCCAAAACCCGGUGACCUAAUUGAGAUUUUUCGUGUGGGAUACCAGCACUGGGCCAUAUACGUUGGAGAUGGUUACGUCAUCCACCUCGCCCCACCAAGUGAGGAAGCUUGUGUUGGCUCCAACAGCAUGAUGUCUGUUUUGCAUGACAAGGCCAUUGUGAAGAUGGACAAACUGAGGCAUGUGGUGGGGACCAGUAAGUUCAGCAUCAACAACCGUCUGGAUGAUAAGUAUGAGCCGAGGGAUGUCAGGAUCAUACUGAAGGAUGCUCGGAGUCUGGUGGGUCAGGAGCUGCCAUACUGUGUCUUCCAAGGCAACUGUGAGCAUUUUGUGACAGAGCUGAAGUACGGCAAGCCGGAGUCCCGACAGGUGCGUGAUGCCGUGCAGACGGCUGUAGGAGUGGGAGCUGCUGCGAUCGGUGUGGGUCUGCUGGCUGCAGCUGCUGUCACUAUAUUUGGUAGCGAGACGGAAGAGCGGAGGAACAGCCAGUGAGAUGAAGCCCGACAGUGAAGGUGGAGGGUCAGCUGAAGCACAGACCUGCACAAACAAAGUGUGUCCCCACCCAGCCUGAAUGACAUCAUGCUUCCUUACUGCUAACUGCUGAAGUAUUUACUGGGAAAUCUGUAAAUGUGGGUCACUCUCAAAACCUUCUCAGAUGACCUUCAUAUUCAUUUUGAUAUUCAUAUUACUUGUAAUGUAAGAAGAGAUCUGCAUUCUGAUCAUUUGGUAUAAUGAUGACAAUGAUUUUGAGUGGAAAUUAAAACCCUGAUAAUUGACUUUGUGUGAUCUGACUAAUCUUUUGUAUCCUCUGG